AUGCGCACCGUGGCCAGCAGCGCAGCCUUGCGCGUGGCGGAGUUCGGGACGCAGGAAUUGUCUAACCUCACCUGGGGAUUGGCCACCCUCGGCAUCUUAUGUGAGGAUUGGAUGGAGGCCAGUGGGGCGGAGAUGAUGAAACGCUCACGAGACUGCGUUCCACAAGAUCUCUCGAACACCCUAUGGGCCUAUGGCACCUUGAAGCACAAGCGCAACGAGCACAUGCGCGCCAUCAACUGGGAAGUAAUGCGUCAGAUCGAGUGGUUCUCACCACAAGGCUUGUCAAACGUGAUUUGGGGCCUCUCCGCCGUUGAGUAUCGAGAUAUGAAGGCCUUGACCUGCAUCAGUGAAGAGGUGAUCCGUCGACCCAUGGAGCAGCUGACGCCACCCGAUAUCUCCACGUUGCUCUACAGUUUUGCGGUGCUCGCUUGGAUGCAUGAGGAUGCCCUGCGAAAGCUCCGCCGUGCGGUGCGCGCCAAGAUGCAAAGCUUCGCGUCCAGAGAUGUGGCGAAUGUCUCCUGGGCCAUGGUCACUUUAUCGCACCGGGACGAUCGACUCUUCGAGAUGCUCAUGGAGAAGGCCGAGAGUUUGGUGCCCGAGUUCACCGUCACCGGGCUCUGCAACGUGGCCUGGGCCUUCGUGCGCUUCGGCCUUCCCGUGCCGGGCGGCUUGGCGCGGGGCAUCGCGCAGGAGACGCUUUCGCGUCGCGACGAGCUUUUUGAGGAGCCUGGGGACGCUGUGCUGCUGUCGGAUGCUGUGUGCAGUGAGUGGCGCCAGCAUGUCUCAGACUCUCUCUUUGACCGCUGCGAUGCCAUUGGCAGGGAGCCGUACCAAGACGUCCUGGUCUUCCUGGAAGAUUGGCACAACGUCCCCGCGCUGGGCUGCAGCCCAGCCGAGGCGGACACCUACCAGUCUCGAGUCACUGGUUUCAAAACCAUCCAACUGGGUCGCCGGAUGACCUGUGAGAUGCUGAAGAGGUUUGGCAUCAUCGAAGAUGAUCCCCAGAUCUUUUUGCCUCUCCGACGCAUGCGUGAAGAGUGGCUGCUGCACAACAUCCGGACAGCAUAUGAACAAGACCCCACAGAUGCUACCAUGAAGCACAAGACGACGUGUACCUGGCAGUUGACCUUCUCCGACGGCACCCCAUUGGUGGAGCCCCAGGUGGUGGCCAGCGGAAUGCCCAUGGAGGAACCCAUCCGUUUCGUGGCCUGCGUGGUGGAGCACUCUCGGUCCAACGAUGCGGAGUUCCAGGUGCUGAACAAGGCGGCCGACCAUCUCCUGAAACUGGGGCCAUCGGUGAAGGGAACUCUGCGGCUGGAUGUGAGCGAAAUUCCGUGCUUAUCCUGCAUGGGCGCGCUGCGCCAAUUUCAGAAGACCUUCCCCUCAGUAGCGCUGCGAAUAUCCUUCAGCAUCCGCAAAGUUUCGGAGAUUUGCGAGGAUUGUUCCGGCGACAUCGACCAGCCGUUGCCCGUACCCCCGCGGCAGCCCAGCGAUUUGCCAUCUCCGUUGCCACAGGAAAUUCUGGACAAUCGGGGCCGGGGGCAGCGAACAGCUGCACCACAGGCACCGCCGCCGCCACCGCGGCGGACGCAGUUCCGGCGGCCGCCGGAGCCGAAGGCCGAGCUGAAUGGUGUUGGUGCAGAUCAUCCACCAGAAGUUUUGAAUGGCUACCAUGAGGUGGUGAAACCCGCUGCAGCCGUGCCUCCAAAGGAGCCCAACGGCGAUGCGCCACAGGGGAACCACACGACCAAGGAAGCCACCCCCUCCAAGCCUGUCUCCAUCUACGAGCAGCUGAAGCAGAAAGAUUGGGCACAGUCUUUCUACUGAUUUGCCUCCUCUCAUGCAACAACUUGGUCGAUGAUUUCCAGAUGUUUUAUUUCGCAAAGUGCAGGGCGCAGGUGAGUUCCUCAAUGGGCCAUUGCUACAGCCUGACAAGAACCUGGACCGCUCAGAUGAUCGCUGGUGAGGGGCUGGUUGGUGCAGCCGCUGACCUGAAAGCAGAUAAAGUGAUGAAGAGGGCCGUGGUACGGCAACCUGGACUCAGAUGCUGCUGAUGGACCCUCCAGCUUUGGUGUUGGGUGGUGCUACCAGACAAUUGCUCUUGGGAAGUCUAUCGUUGGAGAAACACACAGUGAUAACUCUGAGCUUUCCUGCGACACAACAUGCCAUUUCGAUCCAUUUCAUACGUGCCCGUGACUGAACAUGUGAUGACGGAUGACUGGAUAGCCUUUGGUGCUGCGGUGUGGAUGAAGGUGAAAAUAAUAUCCUGCACGAAGGGACUUGGAAACUGUGAUUCACAUGGCUGCAGGGGGCCGAAGGGACAACUGUGGUGUUGUAAAGAUGGAAAAAUCUAUGUGCAGUCCCUACUUUGUACUUCUCUCUUUUUGCAUGCUCGUAAUCGGGCACAUUGCUCACGGCCAUGUGGCCCUACACAAUGUGGUGCAUCUGGUGCCAAUUUAUUUGCCGCACAUUUCAAUAUAGGAGCCGGGCCAUUCGGUCCAGCAACAAGACGUAUUCAACCACGCUCUCAUGAUGCAGGUCUGAGUCAUGGAGUUGACAGCCAAGACUAGGCCUUACAACAACAGUGAAACUGAUGAAGCCUAGG